AUGUCUUCUGCCGACGUGGUGGUGGUCGACAAGGCUGCACCACAAGGAGCCAUCUCUCCAUCAGCCCCAGCAGCCCCAGCGACGACAACAACACCAGACAACAAAAAGCUCAGGCUCUCGUGCGACAACUGCCACGCCGCCAAAGUCAAAUGCACCAAGGAACGUCCGCUGUGUUCGAGGUGUGCCAACUCGGGCGCCCCAUGCAUCUACUCGAAAUCACGACGAGCCGGCAAGCCCAAAGGCUGCGGCAAGAAGAAUGGUGGCCCCUUCAACAGCAACAAACAACUGCAGCAGACGCCCCCUUCAGGGUUCUGUAGUCGACAGGAGUCUCCCUUGUCAGACGCUCGCAUGAGCAUGGACUUUGACGAUGCCUCGUGGAACGUUGACAUCCCUGACAGUCGGCGAGAUUCGCUCCUCGACCAGAGCUUCACCACGCUGCAUUCCAUGACGGAGACGACGGGUUCGCUCGACCCGACCCUGACACAGACAUUCACGCAUUCGACUAUGGACAGCGACGAGUAUGCCGCGUCGGCAGCGGCUUUCUCCACGGGUAACAUCUUCCCGACAGACUUCAAAAUGUCGCCCGAGUGGAUGUCCGGCAUAGAUACCACCACGGCCGCCGCGACCCAAAUAGACUUCUGCAACGAGGGCUUGACGGUGUCAGGCGCCAACAUCAUGCUGUACCCAGAAUUCAGCUCGGACACGAGCACGCUCAACGACGACGCGGCGUCGACGUCGGGCAUCACCAGCACGAGCACGCCGCAGUCGUGCACCUGCACGGGGUCGCUGCAGGACAUCCUCAGCGCGUUGAACGGUACGAUGCCGUCGUUCGACAAGUUCCUGGCCAUCAACAAAUCGGCGGUGCAGCGCAUGGCGCAGUGCCUGGCGUGCCACUGCCUGCCGGAUAUCUCGGCGGUGAUGCUGCUCUCGGUCAUCAUCACGCGCAUCGUGCAGUGCUACAAGAAGAUCCGCAACGGCGAAGGCGGCGAGGGUGGCGAGGACGUCGGCGUCACCAUGGGCUCGCUGCGCAUGGACCGCGAGGACGAGUACCAGAUCAAGUUGGUGCUGAUCCGCUCUGAGCUGCGCAAGAUCAAGGCCCUAGUGACUCGCUUCCGUGACCGCUUCGAAAACUUCCUCCAGGGCCCCGACCGCCAGCUGUACGAGGCGAACAUGGCGUUUCUGGAGUAUGGGUUGGACGACACGAUCAAGGGCCUUUGA